AUGCCGCAGUGCUCGUUUAAAAAUUGUAAAAAUCACACAUCCAGGACGCUAAAAAAGGAUGGAAUUUCAUAUUUUCGCUUUCCUCGAAAUCCAGUGAGGUGUGCAGAAUGGAUAUCAGUUAUAGCACGUCAAAGAUCCGAAGAAUUUUUUAUGCCGACCCAAAGAAGCGUUGUAUGUUCGAAGCAUUUUUUAGAUAGUGAUGAAUAUGUGACGACGAAAGGCAUGAAAAGGCUACAUAAAACAGCUGUACCUCGAAUAGAAGCAAAUGAUCAUGAUGUAGAACACAAGUCUUCUUUUGAUAAAAAAGCGAUUGAACAGUGUUGCUUGCAACCACAAGACACCACCUCCAUAAAGGUUGAACCCUCAGAAAGAUUACAGGACACCACCUCCAUAAAGGUUGAACCCUCAGAAAGUCCUAGUAAUUCGUUGGAAAACGUAAAUAUUGAUGAUUUGGACUAUGUGUUCGAAAGUCCUAUAGUAAGUGCAUUGAAGAAAAAAAUUCAACGCGAUGCUGAGAUAAAGAAGAGGAUGGCACAAAAAAUCAACAAUCUUCAAAAACAAAAUAGGAGAUUGAAGAAAAGGGUUGAAGCUCUAAAAGCUAUUUUGAAGAAUUCGCCGAGAAGAAAGAUAAUAAUACAGAUACCCGGGCCAGAUGCUUCAUCGACGUAG